GGGCCCGACUCGAGCACAGGUCUUGAGAGGAGAGCCCCACUUGGACGCCCAGUCAUUGCGUUCGUCCAAGGCUUCACCAUGAACCGGAACAAGCGUGAGAAGGAGUACUACAGCAUAGAUGUAGGCGAUUCAACUUUUAUGGUCAUAAAGCGCUACCAAAACCUCCGACCCAUCGGCUCUGGAGCACAGGGAAUCGUCUGCUCAGCGUACGAUCAUAACUUCGAGAGGAACGUCGCCAUCAAGAAGCUGAGCCGGCCGUUUCAGAAUCAAACCCACGCCAAGCGGGCCUACAGGGAACUGGUGCUCAUGAAAUGUGUCAACCACAAGAACAUAAUCGGCCUAUUAAAUGUGUUCACGCCACAGAAGACACUGGAAGAAUUCCAAGACGUGUAUCUCGUGAUGGAGCUGAUGGAUGCCAACCUCUGCCAGGUGAUUCAGAUGGAGCUGGACCACGAGAGGCUGUCCUACCUGCUCUACCAGAUGCUCUGUGGAAUCAAACACCUGCACGCCGCCGGCAUCAUACACAGGGACCUGAAGCCCAGCAACAUCGUGGUGAAGUCCGACUGCACGCUGAAGAUCCUGGACUUUGGCCUGGCCAGGACCGCCGCCACCGGCCUCCUCAUGACACCCUACGUGGUGACCCGCUACUACCGCGCCCCCGAGGUCAUCCUGGGCAUGGGCUACCAGGCCAACGUUGAUGUCUGGUCUGUUGGCUGCAUCAUGGCUGAAAUGGUCCGGGGUAGUGUGUUGUUUCCAGGCACUGAUCACAUCGACCAGUGGAACAAGGUGAUCGAGCAGCUGGGCACGCCGUCUCAGGAGUUCCUGAUGAAGCUCAACCAGUCGGUGAGGACCUACGUGGAGAACCGGCCGCGGUACGCCGGCUACAGCUUCGAGAAGCUCUUCCCCGACGUCCUGUUCCCCGCGGACUCUGAACACAACAAACUGAAAGCGAGCCAAGCCCGGGACCUGCUCUGCAAGAUGCUGGUAAUAGACGCAUCAAAGCGCAUCUCGGUGGACGAGGCUCUCCAGCACCCCUACAUCAACGUGUGGUACGACCCGACUGAAGUGGAGGCACCACCACCCGCAAUCACAGACAAGCAACUGGAUGAGAGGGAGCACACGGUGGAUGAGUGGAAAGAGUUGAUAUACAAAGAAGUGUUGGACUGGGAAGAAAGGACAAAGAACGGUGUGAUCCGGGGACAGCCAGCAUCCAUAGGUGCAGCAGUGAGCGGUGUCCACCAGCACCACCCCUCCUCGUCCUCCCACGACGCCCCCUGCGUGCCCCCCGAGCCGCCCCCGACAGCAGCCUGCAGACUGAGUCCCGCUGCAGCCACCAGCUCCCCCCCCUGCCCCACCCCCCUCUCUCCCCCGGGCUGCUGCAGACGACUCUACACCUCCUCCUGGGCUGGGCUCACCCCCCCGGCCCUACACUGGCUCCUGCCCCCCCCCCACCCACUCUCUGUGCUUGUCUUCAGUAGCGUAGCGGCUAGCUGCUUUCAGAAAUAUCUUGAUUUCUGAAAAGGCAGAUGUUUUUUUUUUUUUUAAUUCUUUUUCAUUUUUCAUUUGUCACUUCUUUUUUUGAAUUAGGAUUUAUUUUCAUUUUGGGUCCUAGCUGUAAUUUAUUGUGGCAUUUCUUAAUUUUUCAGAAACCUAAGACGAUUCAAUUUUUAUGAUUUCACUACGUUCCGUUUUUGUUUUUUGACCGACAGUGAAAAUUGAAAGAAAUAGCUGUAAAAAUGUUUAAUGUGACCUAUUUUUUUUUCACUUGUAAGCUAUUGCUUCUACGACUUGCCAUAUACAUGUAGAUUGAGGUUGUGUAGAUUUAUCUUCCAUUCAAGUUUGCAGUGAGCCAUUGAAACAUGAUUGAAUUGACAUACGUAUGGUCUUAGUACUCCCCUUAUGUGUUUUCACAUGACACGGAUAUUGUUUUAAGUGCAUAUGACAUAUCCAUUGAUGAGCUCAGAUCUUUUAGAUUUGCUUGUGAAAAAAAAAAAAAGUGUUUCUUGAUUCGCAACUACUUCCUACAUUGUAACAUUUAAUGAAAGCUUUAUAAUUGAAUCCUUCACUUCCUAUUGAGACAUGAUAGGAUUUCCAACUCAUUUUUUUUUACUCUUCGUGUGAUUCAUUUUUACUUUCUGCUUUUAAACUAUGGGAUCGAAAAUGGCACAAGUCGGGUGCCGCAAGAUAACCAGCAGCUUUAGUCUGUGUCCGAGAGGGGCUUCGCAGCAGUCUGUGUCGUGCUCCGGGAGGUUCUCGGAGACGUGGGGGGGGGGUCGUGUCAGGUGGGGGAAGUGGAAUGUGCUUCGGUCGAGCAGGGAGUUGUGAUGUUGGGAAGGCGAGUGAACGUGCUGAUGUUGGGGGGGGGGGAGUGGGUGUCUUGGGGAGAUGAGGAUUCCGCAGCCUUAUGGAACAGUGUUGAUAAAACGUUGGCUUCUCGCUUCCAGAGCCUGUUAUUAGUGGUGUACUUUUAUGAAUUUGGAAAUUUGAGAGUGACUUUUCUAAAAAAGUUGGCCAAACACUACAAGCGAAGCAGACCGAAGAAAAUAACCUGAAAGUUAGCAGCACAAACAACCGGUUGAAAUAACUGAUUAUUCUUACGUUAUGCAAUAAUAGUGCCCAUUUUGAUUGUUUCUUUUUGUAUUUGCUUUUGUUUCCACGUGGAAAGGAAAAGUGCCUGUUGUCUGUCAUCCAUUCCUGAGGAAGUGGGAGGAAGUGUUUUCAUUGAUGUAGGUUUUUAUGGCAUCUGCUUUCCAUAUCAAAUCGGUAAUGUAUGAUAGGGUGGUAGUUCUCACAAAUGUGUUGUAUAUUUUUCUACUGGUUUGGCUCUGCCCCCCCCCCCCCCC